AUGUUCCCGGAAACGCACAUCCACAUGCUCAUCGCAACGCUCGCCCUCCUCCUCCCCACCCUAACAGCCCUCUACAUCCACAAAGACUACCGCGCCUUCCUCUCCCUCGGCCCCGGCGGCACCCCAGCAACCCCCCUCGGCUACCUAAAAAUCAAACUCCUCUCUCUAAUCUGCCUGCGCGACCCCCACCGCCCCAUCGCCAUCCCCCCACACUUCCGUCCGCAAAAAGGCUAUUUCACCGCCUCCUCGCUACCCACUCGCAAAGGCACGAAACCGCUAAUCCGCGGUAUUGCGCCGCAGAGACAGCAGACGCAGAAGAGCGGGCAGGCGGUUUAUGCGUGCUUGGUAGCCAAGAUCAAGGGUCUUGCGGCGGAUCCGGGGAAUAGGUUGUUGGAACGUACGAGUUGCUUUGAGAAGCAUAGUUCGGGGUUGUUUACCAGUGUGCCGAUUACGAGGACGUGUGGAGGCGAGAUUUGUCAUGCGCAUCCGAGUGAUGGGUCGAUGCAUAUGACGUUGCAUCCUGCGGAUGCGAAUCUGUUGAUUGAGAUGGGGUGGGGUGAGAGACAUCCACUUGCGAGGGGGGGUUGGUGUAGGAAGUUUGUGCCGAGAGAGUUUAUGCUGGUUUAUGCGCCGAGGGAUGAGGCGGAGGUGGAGGUUGUGGCGGAGGUUAUUGCGGCGGGGAUCUGGUGGGUUAGUGGUGUUGAUGUUAAUGGAGAUGCGGAGGGGCCGAGGAGGAAGAGUGCUGAUGUUGCGGCUCUUGGCGAGGAGAUGGAGGGGAAGGAGUGUUGGGCUUGUAGGGUGAAUGGGUGUGGAGGAAAUCAGGUUGAGAAGAUGACGAGCGAGGCGUGA